AAUACACACACACAAACACAUAUGCAGUUUAGGCCACUCCUGCUCACACUCACAGGAAGUGAAAUGGAGAAACGCAACUGAAGAACAGAACUUUGGAGCUUUAGGUCACUUAUAGCUCACAGAGGCUUUCACUGCUGCCAAAACAAGUCUUUGUUUCACUCUAGGACUGCUGGGUAAUGGCUGCUUUUAGGGCUUUUCUCACUCUUUCCGUCUGCCUCCUGCUGGGUCAUCAAACGUUUGCUAAAAACGACGCUCCCUGCCAGCGCUCCAAAUGGAACAACGGCUACAACACCUUUGUCAAACGCCACAUUCGCUCUGGGACUCCAACUUCUCUCAACCAGAACGAAUGGGAGAAGUACAUCAAGAAUAACGGGGGCUGUGACAGACCCACGCAGUCCUUCCUCCACCCAAAAGACCUGGAGAGGGUGAAGGAUGUGUGCACAUACAAAGGGGGAACAAGGUACAAGGAGAACCUGUGCAUCAGCCGGGAGUCCUUCACUUUUGUCACGGUGAGGAGUGAACAGGGGACAUGUGGCAUCAAGAGCGUCCGAGAGGAGAACAAACAUCUGAUCUUGGCCUGCGAUGAGCUGGACAAUCAGUGCCUGCCAGUCCAUUUUGAGGGAAACCCUGAGAAUUUAAAGCCAAACAACAACGCCAAAGGCUGCCAGGACCCACAAACUAUAGAUCAUGCUCCCAGCUUUAAAAUGCCAUGGCUCUGGUUGUUAUCUGCUCUUCUUGUUAUUAUUUGUGGCAAUUUUUUUUUUUUCACUUGAGAAACUUCAUAAGACAAUGAAGCUUUUAUGAGAGGACAUUCUCAACUGAACACAUUUCAGCAAAACCUUUUAAUGUCUUGAAAUUUAAUUUGGAAAGAUCAACAAUGUAUUUUCUGGAACAAUUCACUUUUUUUAAUGUAUUUUUGAAACAAAAGUUUCUACUGUUAUAUGCUUGUGCCAGUGUAUGUGCCAGUGUUGUAUGUAUUUUACAUUAAAUGGGCACAAAUACAAUUACCAAAGAUAAAUUCAAUCCAAUAAAAAGAUUCAUCUGCACUAA